AUGGAUCCUCAGGUGGGAGGAGGAAAACGAUCGAAGAAGGAUGCGAAAUCCACGUCAACAAUGCUAAAAACAUCAGCAACAAAAUCUACGCUAAAAACAUCAGCAACUACGCCAACUACGGGUGCAACAAAAUCGACGCCAACAACUGCCACAGCAACCGCAACGACGAAACCUACUCCAAAAACGACUGCAAAGACUGCAAAACCAGCAAAGACAAAAGCAAUAUCGGAACAAGGAUAUGAUCCAGAAGAAGGACCGCCUGGAAGAAGUCUCUUUAUCACCAUUGGAAUUUGGUUUUUGGUCAUAAUUCUAAUCGCAGGAGGUGUUAUGUUUGGACUUAUCCUAACUCAAUCCAAAAUCGACGACACUCCCAAGAAAAUCUUGCAACAACACAAAGAAGGUAUGAUUAUUUAUUCUAGAAUAUAGAUAUCUCAAAUUCAAACUAUUCAUUCUUUCAGAUACAGUCAAAUCAAUCGACAAAGCUAUUCAAGUUGUUCAAACCUUUCCGGAUUUGUUUGAUGAUCUUGCGCUUGAACAAAUGUCACCGGAACUAUUCAAAAUCAUUCGCAAAGAACUGAAUAUUGAAGAUUUGGUGAGUUUUUCGAUAGUUUCUACUGAAACAAGUAAUUAUAUUUAUAAAAUUACAGAAGGAAUUGGGCCUUUACAAGGAAUCUGCUAUUCCACAAUAUGAAGCUGUUUAUGUUACACUUGAAAAAACAUGUCCAACCUUGCCGACUGGAUUUAAUGUAGAGAAUUUUCUCUCCUUGUGGAAAAACGGAACAAUCAUGCAAAGAGAGCAACUUAAGAAGAUCAUCAGUCCAAUUAUUGCUUACGAAACCUCGUUCAAUGCCACUUUGAAGAGCGAAUCGGAAAAACCGGGAAGAUUUUCGAAAAACAGAAUUGUGGUGUAUUCUGAAGACAUUGUAAAAAUGCUUCAUGAUUACAAAGAGAUAACUGUGGCUCGAUAUGAUGCAUUGAUCAAAUCAUAUGAAGAUCAAGUUGCUUCUCGAAGUUUUGCCGAUUUUGCUCAUUUGUUAUUCGACAUCACACUUUAUGCAAUUAAUUUGAUCAUUGUUGGCGCAAUCAUCAUUGUGUUCAUCUUAUUCCAAAAAGGCAAAAUCAAAUUGAAAACUCUGAAUAAGUCUUCAAUGAUUCUUUUCAUUGUUUCAUUGGUCUUUGCAUUGGGUUUGAUUAUUUAUUCAGUUCUUGGAGCAGCUGGAUUAUCUCCAUUUGGAUACGAAUGUAAAUUGUCCAGCAAUGUUCAAAAUCCAGACAAAAAAUUCACUAAUUCCGAUGAACAAAUCACAGAUCUUGGGUUUGUAUUUUAUUGAGAAAUUACAUUGAUAAAGUUUAUUUUUUAGAAAGAUUGCUGGUAGUUGUGAAAAUGGGGCAUCUGUUUUUUCGAAAACAUCGCCACAUUUGAAUUUUGACAAAAUCAAGCGUAUUUUGAAUGGUUUUGAAAAAGAUAUCACCACUUUUGCUGAAAAUCUUCAAUUCAAAGGAAAUUUGGAUGGCGACGAAAUUUUUAAUAUGAAAGAAACAUUGGAAAGGCAAAGUUAUAAUCUGAAAAAAUAUCGAGACAAUCCCACUUGUUUGGAAAGUGGUAGUAGAGGGAUCAUUGAAUUGAUGAUUGGAGCUUUGGAAAAUAUCAAAAUUGGUUUGGAGACCCUGGAAACCCGCGCAAAAGAGUUGAAAAAUAAGAAUGUACAGCCAAUUGCAUCUGCCUACAUUACAACAUCAUUCGAUACAUUGAGAAAUGUUUCCGAAGCCGCAGUAGAAUCGAUGAAUGUAAGUGAUUUAUUUUAGUUUGAAAAAAUUCCAUUCAAUGAAAAGUUGCUUGAUUUCAGUCCCAAUUGGAUCUUGUCGAUAUUUCAUGUGAAGAAGUUCUCACAUCCGCAUGUAAUGAUCGCAUGUUCCAUCUUCUCAAAAUCAACAUUUCUGGUUGGAUAUUGUUUUUUGUAUUCGCUUUGGUUGCGCUUCUUGCCAAGUUGCUUUAUACGAUUCCAGCCAAAGAGUUUCAAAUGAAUCAUGAAUUUGAAAAGAAAAUCAAUGCUUUGAAAGAGGAAGUUGAAGAUCCAACGAAGUCAGUCGAUGUGAGUUAGUUUUUAAUUUUUGAUGUAUAAACAUGUCAAAAUGAAAAAUAGACAAACUGUGCUGGAAUUUUUAAGAUUUUUUGAAAAUUUUUCUUGUGUGUCAAAUUUUUCGAAACUUUCGUGACAGAUCAAUUUUUGAUUGUUCAAAGUAUUUUUAUAGAAGAAACAAGUGAAAACUGAAAAAGACCGAACCAAGUCUUUGGAGACUGCUUUGAUCAAGAAGGAACAGAAAUCCUCCAAUCAACCGGAAAAUGGAGAAAAUCCAGAUACUGAUGCAACUGGUACGCCUGCGGUUAAAUUUUGA